UCGUUGUUUAUUCGUUUUCUAUCAACCAGCUGAUAAUGUAGUGUCAUUAAAAAAUUUACAUACAAAAGGAUUGAAUUUAUUUAUUUUAAGUGUGAAAUUGGAUACAAAAGGCGUUAAGGCAUGGCUGACUACGAAUUGAUGAACGAGCCAUCGCAAUCGCAGUCGUGGUGGCGCAUAGCAGCACUAAUGGCACUCUAUAUGCUAACCACAAUAUUGGUAUUUCUUUUGUGGAGUUCGGCUUACGAUAAUAUAUAUUAUCCGCCAGAUGUGCAAGCUGUGCCCGAUUUCUGGUAUCGUCGCGCUAACUUGUACGCCAAUAGCGUACAUGAGAGUACACUUUCGCACGAUUUUCGUUUGGUCAAAAAUCAAUCGGUGCGCGUAAAAUUGCAAAAUCCUGCAUAUUCCCCAACAGAUAGCGGUGCAAGUGGCUUAGGGCAGCAACAAAAAGUGAAACCCAGCGCACCACAAUUGGUUAAAAAUGCACCACCCACCAUGAGUACAGCGCCUGAGGUGCGUUUAGUGUGCUAUUAUACAGUGCCCGAUCCAAACAAUGAAUUCGAUGACUUGCGUUUAGCUAAUGUCAAUGCCGAACUUUGUACUCACAUCAAUGUGGGUAUGGUGAGUGUUAGUGUGACUAAUGGGCAGUUGCUUAUAACCGAAAAUUUGCGUCGCAUAUUGGCGCAAGAUGUGCUUGUAUUGCGCACAAUAAACCCCGCAUUAAAGCUAUUACUGUGGAUAGGUGGUGGCGCAAAUAGUGAUGGCUUUCCGGCAAUGGUAAAAAAUCAUACGACACGCAAAAUGUUCUUGCACUCGGUCAAACAAACAUUGGCCAUGUAUAAGCUGGACGGUAUUGAUUUGGAUUGGGAAUUCCCCAGCGCCUACAAUAAAGAACGGCAACAUUUUUCGCAGCUAAUAUAUGAAAUACGGCAGGAGUAUAGGCGUGAACGGCGUGAUUAUUUGUUGACUGUAGCCGCAGCUGCACCGGAGGGUAUUGCAGUUUUUGCUUACGAUGUGCAAAUGCUAAAUCAGUAUGUGGACUAUGUGAACGUGAUGACAUACGAUUACCAUUUCUACUCACACGGCACACCGUUCACAGGUUUGAAUGCACCACUGUACGCACGUCCCAAUGAGCGUUCGUUACUCGGCACAUUGAACAUUAAUUAUUCGGUUAACUGGUGGCUCACCAAUGGUUUGGAUCGCAAAAAAUUAGUGGUCGGCUUGCCAACCUAUGGACAUUCAUUUACCCUGAUGAGCUCUCUAAACAAUGGCAUCGGCGCACCAGCUGCAGAUAUUGGUCAUUGCGGUAGUUUGGGUUUUACUUCCUAUUCAGAACUUUGUUGGUUCAGCACACACAACUUGGUGGUACAUCAAACGUAUGAUCAAUCGACUUGUUCACCUUUUUUGAGCAGCGGCACAGAAUGGAUUUCGUACGAGAAUGAGACAAGUAUUGCAUGUAAAGCACUCUAUGUGAAGGCGCAUCAACUUGGUGGCGCUAUGAUAUUCUCUUUAAACACAGACGAUGUAAAGGGCUACUGUCCACGCGCCUAUAAGACCAAAUUUCCACUUGUGGAAACUGUCAAAUCCAUUCUAUUCGGCAAAAGCUGAACGGAUUGUUGAAUUGGUUCAGUGCGAAUUUGUUAUGCAACGUGAUAUGAAUUUCCAAAGAGCACACAUAUGCUUGCAGCCCCCAGAGGCGCAUCAACGCCUAAAUUAAUAGUUAUUAAGCAAGUUAUAAAGUAUAAGUAGUUGUAAAUUAGCAAAUUUAAGAUGUUUUAAAUAGCGAAAUAUGCAUUAUGCCGGAUUUUAUUUAACUCUCAAAUAAAUAUACAUGUGAAGUUAAGCACAAAUGUGUUUAAUAUAUUGGACGCAAACCAUGUAAACAAGCGCCUAUUUAGUCCAGGAUACUUUGGGUAUAUCAAAGUGUUCUGUCAGCGAAUCCAA